AUGAGGACGAUGGCACCACCGCCGCCACCUCAACAGCCGACAUCUUCGAUAGGCCCAGCGCCGACGCCGUUGGAAUUCCGAAUUCACGACAUGAACCGGAGGUUGUUCACAUUCGGCUCGGCUGGUAUAUUGGAAAAAGAUCGAACUCAAUGGUGGGAUGCGUUUUCGCAUGAGUUCUUUGAUGAUGAUGCCAAGCUUUGGUUUUUAAUCAAUGACGAUAACAAUCCGAAUCUUGUUGAAAAAUACGUGAUUGGCCGACCUGUGAUACCAAGGUUUUUCCGGUCAUUAUUUGAAAGCGGAUUGACAGAGUUGUUCUAUGUAAUUCGAGGAGCUACCAGGGAAACCCAACUUUCAAAUGGUUAUAUUCAAUAUGAGAAUGAUGGAAUCCUUCAAGUCACUAAGUUCACUGGUCCACUGGGUAUUAUACAGGUCACCACCGAAUGUCGGCUAUACGCCGAUUUCACACCUUAUGAUGAGGUGCUGAAUCAUCGGAUUCGCGGAUGGACGCUGGAAAUGAAGCAAAGCACUGAAUUGUUGUUCAAUGAGACUUCAAAAGAUUUCAAGGCCAUUGAGCAGCGACAGUCGAAGAAAGGUUUCCUGCCGCACACCAUCACAAUUAUGCAGCUCAGCAAAGUACUCGAUCCGAUGACGUGUCUGAUGAGUAACGCCAAAUCAAACGGGAACCAGACCGAUCCGCGUGACUUCAUGAAGCGAACAGCUUUCACCCAUUUCCAAGAGCAACAAAGGAAGCAGGAAAUGGCGAUGCGCCAAAUGAACGCGCCGCCUAUGAUGAUGCCUGUGCCGGAACCCGAGAAGCCGAAGGCGCCAAAGAAGCGAACCAGGAAGACGCCAACAACAACAAAGGCGAAACGCGGAGCUGCGGCAGCUGCUGCGAAUGCCGCUGCUGCCGCCGCUGCGGCAAACGCAAGCCCGGCUCCGACUAAUCCAGCGUUUCCGACGAAUCCAAUUAAUCCUUCAUUUUCCUCGAUGGGCUAUCAAGAUGUCAUGGUCGUUGGCGAGCCGUCAAUGAUGGGCGGCGAUUUUGGCGAGGAGGAUGAGCGCACGAUUUCUCGUGUGGAAAAUGCGCAAUAUGAUCCGAACGCGAUUCAAAUGCAACAACUUGGGCAGGGACCACCGGGUCAAAUGGGCGUCAACGGACCACCACCGCCGAAUAUGGGAAUGGGACCAUCGCCAAUGGGGCCCCCGCAAUCGCAUGGAGGCAUGCCACCGCAGAUGCCACCUGGUAUGCCGAUGCCGAACUCGAUGCCCAAUUCCAUGGCGAACUCGAUGCCGAACCCAAUGUCGAACCCAAUGUCCAAUCCGAUGUCUAAUCCGAUGUCUAAUCCGAUGUCGGCACCGAUGUCGAACCCAAUGUCAAAUCCGAUGAUGCAUAUGCAGCCGCCGCAGAUGCCCGGAGGCAUGAGCAACAACAUUCCCAAUUCAAUGGGCGGUGGAAACGGCGGAGGAAUUCCGAUGUCGAUGCCGAACAAUAUGCCGAUGCCGACAGGAAUGCCAAAUCAGAUGCCGAAUCCACCAAUGCCACCGGGCUAUUUCCAAAAUCAACAAUGGCCGCCGGCACCAAACUCAGCUAUGAUUACUGGAUAA